AUGUGGAAUAUCCCAAGAUUCUAUAUCCCUCGCAGAUUUUCUUCGUUCGCGAUCCCCAAGAUUCAAAAGGCUGUGGUGUUCGAAACAAAUGGCGGCCCACUCUUGUACAAAGACAUUCCAGUCCCAACUCCUCGAGCAAACGAGCUUCUCAUCAAUGUUAAGUAUUCGGGUGUUUGCCAUACAGAUCUCCAUGCUUGGAAAGGCGACUGGCCCUUGCCAACCAAGUUGCCACUAGUUGGCGGCCAUGAAGGUGCGGGUGUGGUUGUUGGGAUGGGCCUGGGGGUCCAGGGCUGGAAAAUCGGUGACUAUGCCGGUAUCAAAUGGCUCAAUGGUUCUUGUCAGACUUGCUCUCUAUGUGAAAGUGGCCAUGAAGCCAAUUGCGGUCAUGCUGAUUUGUCUGGAUACACACAUGACGGCUCCUUUCAACAGUAUGCAACUGCGGAUGCCAUCCAAGCAGCUAGAAUCCCAGAAGGAACUGAUUUGGCUCUGGUAGCUCCAAUCUUGUGUGCUGGUAUCACUGUUUACAAAGCCUUGAAGUCUGCAGAGCUCAAGCCUGGCGACUGGGUCGUUAUCUCCGGCGCUGGCGGUGGAUUGGGUACUUUGGCCAUUCAAUACGCGAAAGCCAUGGGUUACUUGGUAGCUGCCAUUGAUGGUGGUGCCGAUAAAGAAAAGCUCUGCGAGUCACUCGGUGCUGAUGUGUUUUUUGACUUCACCAAGAGCACUGAUAUUGUGAAGGAUAUUAUUGAUGCUACAAAUGGAGGUGCUCACGGCGCCAUCAAUGUAUCUGUUUCGCCUGCAGCUAUCACUCAAUCUACUCAAUAUGUUCGGCCAACUGGCACGUCGGUUUUAGUAGGAUUGCCAUCAGGCGCUGAGAUGCAAUUGCCAGUGUUUGAUGCUGUAGUGAAGUCUAUCAAAGUGGUCGGUUCCUACGUCGGAAACAGAGCCGAUACGCGUGAAGCACUCGAUUUUUUCUCGCGCGGUCUAGUUCACUCUCCAAUUAAGAUGGCUGGCCUCUCAGAGUUGCCCCGAAUCUACAAGGAGAUGGAAGCUGGCACCAUCUUAGGUCGCUAUGUGGUAGACACCUCCUACUAA